AUGUCAAAGUACGCGACACUGCCAGACAUCGACACGGGCGCCGACGUCUUCGAGACGCCAGACGUGCCAGAACAGCUCUCGUACUCGCACGAUACCGACUCGGACGACGACUACCCUCUCCCUCGAGCCAGCUCUCCUACAGCCUACCGUCGCGCCCAGCCUGGCGGUACUCCCGCCGUUCCGACGAGCGAGAACAUCGAUGGCGAGAGACUGGACGCAGCAGAAGCGCGAAGGAGGUUCGGAGCGGCGAGUUUGGCAGCUCAGCAACGGCGUGAACGCGACUCUUCCACGAAGCGCCCCUCUCGACGGCUGCCUUCCACUACCGUCUACUCUGUCGGCACCGACCCCGACGAGCGCGAGAAGGAGACUCCCGUUGAGCGCUUGAGACGUCUGCGCAUGGAGAUUACGGCGCUCGAGGAAGACGUGCAGAGGAGCGAAGCCGAGAAGGAAAAGACGGCUGUCGGGGAGGCGGAUAAGGAGGGCAGCAGUGAGGCGCAGGUGGACAGGAAGGGGAAAGGAAAGGAGAAGCGCGAGGUUUCCGCAGCAGUCAUCUUGCAGCAGCUUCAGCUGCUACGAGGCGACCUGCACGGCCUGACACCGAACGUUGAGGGAGUUCUGGAGGCGAAUGGGGAAAAGGAGGACGAUGCGAAGAUGGACGGACCUCUCGCUCAGCGCGCGCAGGCGUCGGCUAGCUUGCUCUCCAAGCUCGGCGCACCCGAGCCGGCGUUGACGCCAGCUGCUGCACCUCUGCUUGCGUCGAGCUCGCAAGGGCACCCAGCCUUGUCGGAAGAGGAAGAGGGCGAGAUGGAGAAGCGAAUAGCAAGGUUGGAGGAACUCCUGGGGGCGAGUGAAGCCGGUAUCGACGAGACCCACGCCGUUCCGCCGCCGCUUGUUCAGUCGGUCUCUCGACUCGACCAUCUCCUCACACUCCUCACCCAGCCUCGCCACCUCGACUCGAUCUCUCGCCGCGUCAAAGUCCUCGUCUCCGACCUUGAGCGCAUCCAUGAGUCGCGACGCAAGCUCGGCGACACACGGCCGCUAAAUGUCGCGCUAAGCGGCGGCAUGACGCUCACGACCGGUGCUGAGGCGACUCGCACUGCCGCCCCCUCGCUCAGCGCGUCGACUGGCGGCGCAUCGGCUGCAGCACAACUUCCGCCCGAUGCGCUCCAGAAGAUCGACGCCCUCUUCGCUCUCCUGCCCCGCCUCGACCCGCUCAUCCCCCUCGCUCCUCGCCUUCUCUCCCGCCUUCGCUCCCUCUCCGCGCUUCACGAGUCGGCGACGACGUUCUCGACUACCCUCUCGUCGCUCAAGAGCGAGGUCGAGCAUUUAGGCGACGGCGAGAAGGGCUUGAAGGAGGUGUUGAGCGGGCUCGAGACGAGCUUCACGGAGAACGAGGAGCGCUUCAAGGGCAAUCUGGAGGCGUUCGAGGAACGGAUGAGCGAGGUCGUGAAGAGGCUGGAUGCGCUGGCGUAG